AUGCUGCCUUCACCAUUUCGGGUCAACGCGGCCUUGAGAUCCGAUCCACCUGCGACGCCGAUGUUUCCGUCGCCAAGAAGCUUCUAUGAUUCAAGGUUGUAUCGUUUAGCUUCUUCCUCUUCUUGUCUUGUCACUCAAGGUCUUAAGCUCGCCAUCAAUCUGCUGAAUAGUAAGGAUGUUGAUGAGGCUUUUAGGGCACAUAUUAAUGUUAAAAUGUUGAGGUUUGGAUUGCUUGGAUCGUCUAUUGGAUCAGUGAUGGGGUGUUUGUUCUUGAUGCCAUCAAUGGUGAAUAUGAUCGAGAUUCGACUGGGGAUGUUGUCUUGUGGGAGUCAAUCGACUAUUAAUACAGUUGCUUCCAUGAUUAUAUUGGUCACUUCUAUUCUUUUAGUUUAUAUUUCAACUGAUGUUUAUGCUUUUCUGCAUUGA